AUGGAAGCAACAGUUUUUACUCCAAUAAAUGCAUCUUCCUUUUCGCGUCAUUUUUCUAUACCUUAUGAACAAGUAAAAGAUCAACGAUGUCCGGAAGUAACUAUUGCUGUAAAUCCGCAUAUAGGAUGGUAUAAAUCAAGUGCUGACCGUAAAAUGUUUCCGUUUCUCAGUACAAAGAAUCCAAUCGAACCAGAUAUCAAAGCAGAGGAUUGUAUUUUAUACAAGAUGGUAACAAAUUAUGAGGAUGUAUUUUAUUGCCGUCGUACACCUGAAAACGAAUCAAUACGUCUGCUGUACUGUUCUCAUGCUUUAAAUCAUUCGCUUAGGUGUCAAACGCUUGUAUCGAGGAAUAAUGAAAAAGAAAAACAAUUUGGUGCAUCUGAUUCUUUACGAGAUCAAGGAUUUCACCGGGCACGUACUCUUAUUUUAGCACCAACUAAAGAAGCGGCUAGGCGAAUAGUUCAUACAUUUUUCCAUUUAAUGCCUAAAGGCUCCACAGUAAGUCACCGACGUCGUUUUGAACGAGAUUUUGGUCCACAACCUGGAGAUACCGACAAAGAGAAGAAAAAGGGUAGAAAACCUAAAGAUUAUGAAGAAUGGUUCAGUGGUAAUUCAAGUGACAAUUUUCGUAUUGGUAUGGCAUUUUCUAAAAAGUCUGUAAAGUUGUAUUCUGCAUUCCGUGAUUCCGAUAUAAUUCUAGCUUCUCCUUUGGGAAUUAAAACUGUUAUCGAUGACGAAGUAGAGAAAGAAGCUGAUGUUCAAUAUAUCAUAGCAUCUAUCGAAUUGUUGAUUAUCGAUCAAGCUGAAGUGUUAUUAAUGCAAAAUUGGGCUACUGUACAACAGAUUGUCUCUUUACUCAAUCAACGUCCAACUGUUCCUGUGUUUGCAUCAGCUGCACGUAUUCGAUUAUGUUACUUAGCUGGUUAUGGUAAACGUUAUCGUCAAACUCUACUAUUCUCUGCCGUAUCAAAUUUUUUGAUCACAUUAUUAUCAGGUGAAUGUGAAAAUUUUCAAGGCAUGAAUUAUAUACCGCCAUUAUCACAUUACCCUGAUUUGUAUCCAACAUUUUUACCCGAUUGGGUACGUGUUCCUGGACUGAAAGCAUCUAUUCGAACUGGACAGAAACGUCAACAUUCAGAUAUGAAUGCUAUAAAGGAAGAAGAUAAAUCAUUAACAAAUUAUAACUUCAAGUUACAUUUAAUUUCAUUUGUAGUUCCUGGACAAAUUUCUGUUAAAUCAUCUUGUACAAAAUUGCUUAGUAAAAAUAAUCAAUCAGAUUCAGACGAUGAGAUAGAAAUAUCACCUAAGACAACAACUGAUAAUUCUCUUCAUUGCCUUUCGAAUUCCUUAAAAAUAGAUUCAUCAACAAAUUCACUAUUAUUAUCUACUAAAACACUUGGAUUCACUGAUUACGCAUAUUUAUCAGGACGUAAUGUUUCUAUAGCCCGAUUAAAUGCCUUUAAACAACGAAUAUUACCUAGGCUACGCCGAGGUUCAGAUCCUCGUGUUCUUAUAUAUGUGACAGAUUUCUACGAUCUUGAAGAAUUGCGCCAAAUUUUACUUGCUGAAUCUUUGGAUUUUUGUUGUAUUAAUGAAUAUACAGAAGACUCAGAAGCUGAACGAUUUCGUACCUUGUUUGGUGAUGGUCGUAUUCGUAUUUUGUUAAUAACUGAGCGCUAUUACUUCUUUCGAAGGCGAAAAAUUCGUGGUCCUCAAACAUUUAUUUUUUAUGGUCCACCAACAUUUCCAUGGUUUGUCAAGGAAUUAUACGAUUUCCGACAUUUAGAAAGCGAAAUACAAUACAAUAUGACUAUACUCUAUUGUCAUCCGAUAGAAACUCAUACUGUAUCUAUGAUAACUGGUUCAGUAGAAUUUUAA